CGUGCUCCCGGUGCCGCUGCUCGGCUCCGGGGCUCCAACCCACCGCGUAGGAAUCUCACAGGAAAAAUCGUCCUCCAGGCCGGGUGUGCGCUCUCCGUGGGGCGUUCUGCUCGUUGGCCUCGUACAUAAACAGCGCUUGGAGAAAAUGUUUAACAAGUGUAUCAAAUCCUUUGCAUACUUUACAAUUAAAGAUAGACUUCCCCAGAUCCUCACAAGAGUUAUUGAUACUUUGCAUCGACAUAAAAAUGAAUUUUUUGAAGAACAUGGUGAGAAGGGUGUUGAAGCAGAGAAGAGAGCUAUAUCUUUCCUUUCCAAACUGCGGAAUGAGCUGCAGACAGACAAGCCGGUGACCCCUUUGGAAGAUGAGUUGCCUGAUUCUGCACUGUGGAACCAAUACCUGGACUACCAACGAAAUUUACCAAAUGGAAAUGGAGAACCAAGUUGGUUUCAGUCCCCUUGGCUGUAUGUAGAGUGUUACAUGUAUCGAAGAAUCCAUGCAGCAUUAGCACAGAACCCACCUAUUGACAACUUUGAUGUAUUUAAGGAAGGAAAGGCUCAAAAUUUCUUUGAAUCCCAAGAAGCUAUCAUUGCCUUAUGCACUUACUUUCAGGAACUUCUUAAGAACAUCAAGGAUCUAGAUGAAAAGCAACUUCAGGAGGAACUUUUUAAGCUAUUGCAGGUGUCGUUGUGGGGCAAUAAGUGUGACCUUUCUUUUUCAGCUGGCGAAGACAGCUCUCAGAAAUCUAGUCCCUUGCAAUCCCUGGAAAACAUGAUACCUUACAUCUUAGUGAAUGAUAUGGAAAAAGUUUGGUCACUACUUGUAAAUGCCAAAAAAAAUAGAACAGAAAGAAGUAAUGUUAGAGUUGACAUAAUCCUGGAUAAUGCUGGAUUUGAACUUGUAAGUGAUCUUGUGUUGGCCGAUUUCUUGCUAUCGUCAAAGCUAGCUGAUGAAGUCUAUUUUCAUGGAAAAAGUAUUCCAUGGUAUGUAUCAGAUACCACAAAGCAUGAUUUUAACUGGACUAUUAAACAACUGGGGUCAGCUAAUCAUAUGUGGAUGUCUAGAUGUGGGAUAAACUGGGAGGGGAAUUUGAAAAAGGGAGUCUGGGUUUUCCGUGACCACAUGUUUUGGACUUUACCACAUGAUUUUUCCAGUAUGAGUGAAGUUGCUCCUGACUUGUAUGCUGAGCUACAGAAGUCAAACUUGCUUCUUUUCAAAGGUGAUCUAAACUAUAGAAAAUUGACAGGAGAUAGAAAAUGGGAAUGCAGUGUCCCUUUUCAUCAAGCCUUGAAUAAGUUUCAUCCUGCGCCUCUCUGUAGUUUGAGAACUCUGAAAUCUGACACUCAGGUUGGCCUGAAACCUGGACAAGGUGAGGAAAUUCAGGCUUCUGACCCUGAGUGGAUGGUAAGUGGAAAAUAUGGGGUAGUUCAGUUUGAUGCUGGUCUCUAGUUAAGUGGAGAAAGUCAAAGAGAGAUUAAGUUUAAUUACUUUCUCUGUUCCAUGCUUGGCAUCAGUAAAGAUUCUUUUUUGUUUGUGCUUUUUCCUCUCAAGUGAUUUGUUGUUUUUGUCCCGCAAAAGACUUAAAUGUUGUGCAAAAAUUUGUAAACUCUCUUCAUAUGUGUAAAUCAAUCAUUUUGUUUUCCUAAUGUCUAAUGUCAGCAGAUCAUUAAGAGGAAUAUUUGGUUGUCCAUAAUAUUUUUUCCUCAUCAGUGGGUAUGAGUUUAAUGAAUGAAAGCUUAACAAGUGAAAAAUUUGGUUCAGAAACAAUUUCCCCAAAGGCACAUUAGCAUGAAUUUACUUAUUUCAGGAUAAUUUGUGCUCCAUGUCAUUUCAUGCAUUGCAUGAAAGUUAGUAUUUUAGAAAAUUCAGAAAUUAAUUACAGACAGAUUCUUUUGAUGUUUUGAGUAUAGUGUAGUGUUACAUUUCUUGGGUGACAGCUUGUAAAUAUUCAUGUAGAAUUGAAAAUUGAAUUUCAGUUUUAAAGCACAAGUGAAUGUUGCUAGCCAGUUUGCCUGUAGGAGAGUUGUCCCAUCUGGUAGGAGGAUUAGUGGGAGAAAGGACAAUCUCAUUUUAAGAAUAUUGAAGAUACUGUUUAUUUACAAAGCUCUACCAAAAAAGAAGCAUACAGAACAGCCUCUCCAAACAAAAAAAUUAAUGAAACCCAAGCAGUUUCAUUAAAUGGAUUUUAGAUUUAAUGCAGACUUGAUCUGCAGGUAGCCUGUCAGCAUUGUAUGUAUGAGGUUCAAGCACUGCUACUUCCUUCUCUUGUGGUAAUUCUCUUUAUUUUUCAAAUGUAUUUGUUUGGGUAGUUUUGUUUGGUUGGUUGUUUUUUAAGAAGGAUGCCUUAAUUUUCAGGGAGGAUGUUCAGCCCCAUUUGCACUGAGAAGUACAGGGUAGAGAAGCAUAUGCCAUACAGGUUCCUGUUAACUGGAGUUGUUAGGUGCCCAUUUCUAGUCUUCUACCUGGUCUCAAAAGUUGCUGCAUGUUAUGUUAAUGCAACAAAGAUCUAUACAAUGGAUAAAUACGCUCCAAAUCCAAAUGCUAAUGACUUUGAUUAUUUGUGUUUAGUUUCUUCUUCUUAAAUCUGAAGGUAUUUUAAGGUUGCAAGGUCAAAAACAAGAUGCAAGGAAUUUCAUGAGGCAGUUGUAGGGAGGGUUAUAAUUUUGAGAUCUGGAUUUACUGCUCUCAUCCCCUUUGUAUCUUGGCUUAGUACUCCUACAAGGUGAAUUCAUCCUCAUCCUUAGGCACCUGAUUGAACUGCAGAAAUUAGAAAUCCGGUCAAGAAAGCUGAAGGUCGGACUGCUGAAAGUUUCUGUCUGGAGAGAGCUCAGCAGCACUUCACCUUUAGUGUUUUGAUCAAAUAUCUAAACAACAUGAUGAAUCUGUGCACUGCAGCCUUAGUGUCUCAUCUUUGAAAAUGCUGUUAACUUGCUUCUAGUGCAUUUUGAAGCAACACCUUUGGGUCAAGAACAGAGAAACAGAAGUUGUGGAAUAUGUGAAAUGAGAACAUCAUACGUUACUGAGAGAGACAAAAUGAAUUUGGGAUGAAAUCCACUUUGCCUGCACUCAGAUUGUUUGUGAGGUGCUGGCCUAAUUUGCUGGAGAGGUUUAAAAGUGUAUAAUGGUCAAGAAGAGAAAGUCACUGUUGAGGCUACCCUUGACAAAUAGAUUUGCCUCCUCCUUACACAUGUUGAGAAACUUGAUUUAGUUUUUUUGCUGGUUGUUAAUGUGUCCCUGUGCCCAGGUUGCUUUCAGGCUGUUAUUUCUGGGAACUCACAAUGCAGGUUGGUGAAAAUUAACAGUAUGAAGUUAUGAUAAAUACAGUCCUACAAAAUCCAGAAUCAAUUAGAAGAUGAAGCGGUGUUUGCUCAGUAUUACUGAAUUAUGAAGAUUACUACAAAAUGUGUAAUUCUUAGCUUAGCAUGUGAAUGCUAAUGUAUGGCAUGAUGUCACGCUGAAAAAAAAUCGUUCUAUUCUCCAGCUGAUUAAAAGUACACUGUCCAUCUUUUGCCCCUCACAAAGAGAAGUUUAUGUGGUAACACACAGUGUGACUGUGUAAGGAAUGCAUAGCCAUAACUUGCAGAUGCUUGACUUCUCUAUCUGUAAUUGCAAAGUGCUAUCUCUAGGCAGAACUGAAUAGGCAGCAUACUUUUGUGUUUGUUGGUUGGCUAUAUUUUUGUACCAUUUUGAUUGAUUGUAUGAAAAAAAGAAAAAAUAACAUCAGUGUUGCUGUAAAUACAGUGUUACAGUCUCCCAUGACACAACAAAGUUGUGAAGACAUAUUCCAGUGAGGCGUGGUGCUCUGCUAAUGGGUUUGAUAUAGUUUACUUAAAAAUAGGAAACACUUUUGUAGCUAUUCUGUGUUAAUUACUUUUAUUAAUACAACUUAAUGAAAUGGCGGCAUGAACCUGUUGCAUUUAGGUUGGAUUUUAAAAACAAUCUGAAGCAUGUGUUAGAUCAAUAGCAUGUGCUGUUAUGUAACAGUUUUUUUCUUGAGUAUUACAACUGAUUGCCCAAAAUGCUUCUGCAGUAUAACUCAGUAGUCACUGAUUUGUACAUCCAAAUUUUUAAGAUUUUCAUUUCCUAUGCCAUUUGAAUAUUUAUUGCAAAAGCUAAAGGCAUUUUCAGUAAUUCUGAGGACAGACCACAACAAAAAAAAAGUUUUUUACUUUUUAGUUUUGUUUUUUACCUUUUAAACAACUGUAUUUGUAAGUCAGUUUUUGAUGAUGACUUUCAUUGUUGAUGAAAUAGAAGGAAAGUAAUGUCAGGCACAGUGAAAGGCAGUACACACAUCUGUCUGAAUACUUGAUAAGUUAUGUCAGAUAUCUACAAUAAUUUCUUAUGUAUAUAAGGUUUCUUAAAAUAAAUUGUUUGAUGUGGAAAAUAAGUUGAUUGUAUGACUAGAAGCUUGUAAGAAUAUAGGAAUAAAUUAUAUAAUUUUGUGCAAGUCAGGCAUUAUACUAUUUCAGUGGCUGGGGAAGCCAACUUAAAAUAAUUCAGGUCUUAGUUCCUGAUAUUUUUUUCUUUGAAACAGCUGUUAUGCAUAAACCUGUAAAGCAUAUUUAUUCAAUGAGAUCUUGAAAGAUACAGAUGCAAGAGAUAGUAUCAUAAAAUGUUCUUCUGUUACAAGACAGGGCAAAAAAAAGGAAUUUUCUAAUCUUUACUUACACUCCUGUUAAAAUUUUAAAACCUUAAAAAUAAUUGAGAAUCUCUUAAAUGUAUCUGGUAAUUACUUACUAAGGUUGGUGCAGCUGAUGGUGUCAUUUCCAGAAUCACUUCUAGAAGUGAUAGGUGCUCCAGGUGUUCUCAGCAAAAAUGGAAAUAUUUUGGUUUUACUCCUGCUGUAACUAAGAUAUUUCCAAAACACUUUGGUUUGCACAUCUUGCUGAUGUCCCAUAAACCCUAACUGUUGUUGUUGAAAUAGUUUCUUUAAAGUUCAUAGUGUUAUUUGCAUUCAUGGUUAACAACUUGUUCCAUGUGAACAUUUAUCUCCUGUGCUGUCAAACAGCAUAGGAAAAAAGUUUACUCUGUUGCAUGAAAAUUGCUCUAUGAAACAGUUUUAAUCUAAAAAGAAACCCUUAAUUGUGUCUAAAAUAAAAAUUCCAAAAUGGAAUCUUACACAGAACUGUUGGGUUUUUUUCACUAAAGUUUGUUUGCUUACCAGUUUUCUGUUUACCCAAAAUUACAGAACAAAAGCUUGUAAUUAUUUUUAUUUAAAGCAAAAUGUAAGUUGAAAUUCACCUAACACUUAUCUAAGGUUUUUAAAAUAAAACUGAGAAUGUGCUGGUUAAAGUGGUCCUUUUUUUUCUUUUCCAUAUGCUAGUGGCAGAACACAUGUGAGGAAAAAUGUCCUAUAACAUGGAGUUUAUGUUUGUUGUUUACUUCUGUUUUGUUUUUUUUUUUCUUCCUAAAAAAGGUUUUUAAAACUUCUGUACAUUUUUAUUCUUGCUGAUACGCUUCUAUCUUUAACAGCCUGAAAAUAAAAAGUGCACAUACAUGUAUUUUUACAUGAAUUAAGAAUUACCUUAUGGAUUUAUCCACAUUCUGCCUCAGCUUUGUAGUUGUGCAUUCUGCAG